UUUGAUAGGCAUGCUUGGUGACCGGAGGAAGUAAUACAUUCAGCAAAAUGGCCGCGUGGGCCGCUAAAUGAAGAAGAAACAAGAAAAAGACAAUUAAAUUAAAUGAAUGCUUGAAAUUAUUCGCCACCCUGCCUCUGAGAUCAUUAUUCAGUAUUGUCCCCGCUCACACAGCUGAACUCAUGGCCACCACGCUGGAUUUCAGGACCCAUGUCGACCAGUCAUGCAGAUAUUCAGAAGAAUUUGUCAACAUUUAUUAUGACUGCAUGGAUAAGAAGAGGAGGAACUUGACCCGGCUCUACCUGGACAAGGCGACCUUGGUGUGGAACGGGAACGUGGUGUCGGGACAGGACGCUCUGGGCGAGUUCUUCGAGUCGCUGCCUUCAAGUGAAUUCCAAGUCCAAACACUGGAUUGUCAGCCAGUUCAUGAACAAGCAACCCAAGGUCAGACUACCCUCCUCGUGGUGACUGGUGGGACAGUUAAGUUUGAGGGGAACAAACAGCGUUUCUUCAACCAGAACUUUCUUUUGACUGCUCAGGCUACACCCAACAAUGACCAGCCUGUUUGGAAGAUUGCUAGUGACUGUUUCAGAUUUCAGGACUGGAACAGCUGAGUCUCUCCUCAACUUAAAUGUACAAACACUCAACGGUGAUUUUCUUCAAAGAUUCUGUUUUUUUCUUAUGUUUUUCUAAUAAAAAUCAAAAACAACACACAACACUGAAUACGAAAAUUUGUUUUAUUUUCAAAAUGUUGAACAGUGGCCUGUGGUCAUAAUGGAGUAAUAAAUACAAACUGGAGCACCAAAUGACCGACUGUAAGGUGAAGUUUUAAUGAAGUCCAUCAACACGACAACAAUAAGAGAAAUACAUAGAAAACACUCCUAAUUUUUUAAAAUGAACAUAACUUCAUAAAACUUUGAUAGCAAAUUGUAGAUUACCCGUUAACUGAGGUAAAAUACGCACAGUAUUACAGUAUGCCAGUUCAGACUAGCUAGGGCUAAGAAGCAUUUUAGUAGCUGGGUAGUAGUUAAGCAUGCUUGCUCUUUAAUAAAUAAGGUGCCUACGAGAAAUUUUGACAGAAGUACUUCCUAUACAAGCAACCCACUACUUGACUAUUUCAUAUAUUAAAACAUUUGCUGUCUUCCUGAGUCAUUUGUUGUUUUCUUUUUACACAAUUUGGUCUUACUUUCUGAAUAAAUUGACACAAUAACAAACGUAUAAAUAAAACAUCAGAAAAUAAGAGGAUACGCAGACAUGAUCUCGAGGAACUUUUUUCUCUCUGUGAUUCAUGUCGAUACGUCUCUGGGUGGGAUAUUUAAGCUUAAAGCCUCACGUAGAUUUCACAUGGCACAAUUUAGCCAAUUUGUCUUUUUUUUUUU